AUGGUUAGAGUCUGUGAACGCGCUGCUCUCUCUGGCCUUGGACUCAGCGGCACCAUCAGUGUCGCUGCUGAUGGUGCGGCCUCAGGUCUCUGUGGGGGGUCUGUGUUCCGCCUCCGCCCUGAGCCCGGACCAGAGGAGCAGAACAUCACACACUUAGAGGAUCAAAAGGAGAACCUCACGUAUGGGACGGAGCUAGAGCUGAAGGAUCGUGGCCGUGGGUCUGGACCGGACGGACGCGGCGUGUGCAGGGAGCAGACAGGACGCUGCAGCCCCGGGGGAGGCCUUCUCUACGUCCCCGUGGACCACGUGACCGCAGCCGUCCCCGUGGACCGCGUGACCGCAGCCGUCCCCGUGGACCACUUGACCGCAGACGUCCCCGUGGACCGCGUGACCGCAGACGUCCCCGUGGACCCCGUGACCCCAGACGUCCCCGUGGACCGCGUGACCGCAGACGUCCCCGUGGACCGCGUGACCGCAGACGUCCCCGUGCUUCUCGUUAGCUUCUCGUUAGCUUCUCCAGCCUUAACGGACUUUUGCUUUUUGAUUUUGUCGCGUUUCUUCCUCCAGCGAUGGACAAACAAGCUGUGA